UAAAAUUUAAAGUAGGGCCGUUCCUCUCAAAAAAUUGUAAAAUUAUACGUAAAUUCUCCUAAAGUAGACAAAUUCACAAGACUUACCAUGUUCCGGACACUGCUGGUGGCACGCAGUGCAGUGAGUUCAACGAUUAGAUUCCUAGCCGCAGUUCAAGUGCGGAAAACACCUACUCAAAGCGUUUCGCCAAUCUUGGUGUGGCACCGAAGUUACGCAAAUCUGCCCAACAACAAGGAAGCACCUUCAAUGUCCGCAGAAGAAUCCGAGAACGAGGCGACGCCGACGAUCGAUCCAGAAAAGAAGCGGAAGAUUCUUGAGCUGGAAAUGGAAGUCAUGCGUCAGGAAGGCCGAAAGGUUCCUACUCCGGCCAAUAUCAAGGAGGAACACUGGAAGCAUUUGCUAGGACUGAAAUCCAGAAAUCAGCGUCGGCAGUACUAUCUGUACUUGUGGAACACGGAGAUGGCGAAGGAGAGUCAGCAGGCGAAGAAAGCACAAAGGAAGCUGGAGAUUGCCAAGCGGCAGGAGGAACUGAUUCAGGCGAAUGCGGACAAUGACCAUAUUGUCUACGGAUUGUUCCAUAAUACAAUGUUCCUGAGGGUGUACGAUUCGACGAUGGAUCACUGGCACAAUAAUAAAUUAGUCCAAGCGAUGCAAUUUGGACAGAAUCUUGUGGUUGACUGUUCCUAUGACGAUUACAUGAAUGAUAAGGAAAUGCGAAACACGGCAAAGCAACUGACGCUCUGCUUCGCUUUAAAUCGAACACAUAACGAGCCAUUCAACAUACACCAUUGUAAUGCAAAUUUUAGGAAAACCACGAUGAAGACAUUGGAGAAAAGCUUAGUACAAAUUCACGAUACUUCCUUCCCGUUCAACAUAACCGAGAAGAGCUAUCUGGAUUUGUUUCCCAAAGAGAGAUUGGUGUAUUUGACGCCCCAUUGCAAAAACGAUCUGGAAGAAUUCAAUCCGGAUGAUAUCUACAUCGUCGGAGCCAUGGUGGACAAAUCAUCCCAGGAGGCUGUUUCGUUGGGCAAAGCCAAAAAGCAGGGCUUGCGAAUGGCUCGAUUGCCUCUGGAUAGGUACUUUCAGUUCAAGAGUGGCAAAUCGCUAACGAUCGAUCAGAUGAUUCAGAUUUUGAUGGAACUGAAAUCGUCGAACGACUUCGAGAAGGCUUUCCAGCAUGUUCCCCGUAGAAAAAUCGUGCCAUUGGACGAUCAGCAGUUUGAGGAGCAGCAGCGACUGAAAGAGAAGAAGCUAUUGGGGAAGUUUAAGUUCAGCAUGGGUACUUAUUCGGAUCGAAAGUACAAAAAGCGAUAGAAGGGUUCCGGGUACAGAAGGUCAAAUGUUUAAGUUCUGUUUAUUAAGAAUGUUGGGACACUAAUUGAUAGA